CCUGGUCGCAGGGAUGCCUAAAUCCUGCGCGGCUCGCCAGUGCUGCAACCGUUACGGUAACCGGAGGAAACAGCUCACCUUCCACCGAUUCCCGUUCAGCCGCCCGGAGCUGCUGAAGGAAUGGGUGCUGAACAUCGGCCGGGCCAACUUCAAGCCCAAGAAGCACACGGUCAUCUGCUCCGAGCACUUCAGGCCCGAGUGCUUCAGUGCCUUCGGGAACCGCAAGAACCUCAAGCACAACGCUGUGCCCACCGUGUUUGCCUUCCAGGACCCCGCACAGCUGGUGAGGGAAAACACGGACCUGGCAGGAACGGGAGGAGAUGCCGCCCAGCAGAGGGAGGUGAGUCUGCCCUGGGCCGGGCUCUGGGCUGGGGAGCCGGGCACCGGGAGAGGCUUGGACACAGCACUGGAGGAGCGGCAGCUGGUCCCGGACGCCGAAGGCCCCCUGAAGCUGGUGCGGCCCCAGAGAGUGGAGGUGGCAGAGGGUCCCAGCCAGGGGGCCGGCCCCUUGGGCCCGAGGGGGCCUCUGCCCAGGCAGCCGUCCGACCACAGCUACGCCCUCCUGGACUUGGGCACCCUCAAGGAAAAGCUCUUCCUCACCUUGAAGGAGAAUCAAAAGCUGCGGAAGCGCUUGAAGGCCCAGCGGCUGCGGAUGCACAGGCUGUCGAGCCGCCUGCGUGCCCACAGGGAGGGGCUGCCGGGCCCCCAGACCGCGGCUCAGCCGGAGCUACACAGCUGAGACCUUGGCGGCUGCUUGUCGGGCCCACGCAUCGGCCACCGUGAUGUGGGAGAGCAGCCCAGGUGGCAGGUGCUGAGGGGACCACUGCCUUAGGAGCCCACCUGGGCCCCACGUCGGAUUCUCCCCAAGGAGUAUGGGCCGAGCGGCACCCGGCACCCUGGCCGCCUCCCUGGGCUGAGUCGACAGCUGGUCAGCAGGUCCCCUCCCCAGCUGGCCUGGUUAGAGAUGAAUUUAUUUACAAAAGUUACAGAAUGCUUCUUCGGAAGGCAGCUCGGGAGCUCCCAUCUGGGUCUCCGCGUGCUGCUGCUGGCCCAGCUGGCUGGGCAGGCGGCUGGCCCAGGAGUGCAGCAGCUGGGAUGGGCCAGGCUCUGCGGCCAUCCCCCCUGUCCAGGCAGGCAUCCUGCUACCUCUGACUACAAAGUAACGAUGCUGACUUUAGUUAAUAAAGGAAAAAGCAAAAAUCU